AUUUGAAACAUUUCCGGUGAAUAAUAUCGCUUAAAUCUCAAAAAGCUUCAAGCUUUAAAUAUGAAAUUUGAAAUAAUUCCGGUCAAAAAUGUCGUAAAAAUCAUCAAAAUACCGAAUAUCGGGGGUACCAUUAUAUGGGGGCCAUACGAUAUCGUGGGCCGAUAUAGCCCCUCUUCGAACUGACUGCACACAAAAGAUUGAUUUGUGAAAAAUGUUGGCUUCCUAUCUUAAUUCAUUUUGACUCUUGUGUGAUUACAACAGGUGGACAGACGGUGAUCAAGAAUAUAUAUACUUUAUUAGGUCUAAAAUUAUUAUUUCGAUGUAUGAUAGAGGGUAUAAAAAGAAACCAAAGUUUAGUACUAAAAAUUGAAAUCAGGUUCAAACUCACAACACAAAACUGAAGAAAUUACAACUUUGCUAAAGAAAUGCCCUGCCUUGGAUUUUCUCAUCCACCCAGACAUUGAAUGUUGUCGCAAACAUAACGCUGAACCAAGUUUACCGGCACUGCACCAAGUGCAGCUGAGCGAAACUUUGAACACGAAAACAUAAGCUUGUAAAACGCUUAACAAAAAUUGUACAAAAUGUUGGCAUUCAGUUAACGAUUAAGCGCGUAAGAGUAAAGUACCAAAAAAAAAUUGUCAGAGGGCCAAUAAACCCAAAAUCGAUAACAAAAAACUUCAACUUAAAAGGAAUGCUUUAGAAAAAACAAAACAAGUUGUUGGUUCUUCAUGUGAUGUAAUCGGAGUGUAUUAAGUGUCCCCCUUUUUUUGCAAUAAAACAACGCCCUCUAUAAAUGUUUAAUAAUGCCACAAAGAUCGCCCUUCAAACAAUCACAUCAUCAUCAGCAGCAGCAGCAGUUUCAUCAUCAAUCACCACCGGUUCUACAAGAAAUCCAAGAGGCACAACUUCAACGUCAUCGUCGUAGUGAACGCCAACGACAUCAUUGUCAUUAUUAUGGCCUAAGUUUGUUAGCGUGGCCAGUAUUAGCCAUCUUGUUAGCCCAAUGUUCUUCAUCAACGGCCCUAGUCGUUCCCAAUGAAUUGCCUUCCAUACUUUCACUUGUGUACUCCAAUAUACCACCCAUCAAAAAAGGUACCGAUUCACGACUUGGCUUUGGCUUUAGACUCGGUAAUCAUGCCGAUUUUCAAGUUAUGGUUGAAUUGGGUCCCCAAAAGGAAACUCGGCCCAUUGGUGAUCAGGACAGUGGAUCAUCCUUCAAUAAAAGACAGGUGAAUAGACAACAACAACGGGCUGUGCAAAGAGACGCCAUAAGAGCGGAACAGAAACCACACAGAGAAGUAGCCAAGCCGGAAGCAACACCAUCAGCAACAAAUUCUUGGCUAGAAAAAUGGGCAAGUCAGGUGAAUGAUGCCACAACGGCAAAGAAGAAAGUGGCGCCCAAGCCAAAGCCAUACAAAAAACAAGUUACACCUAAACCAGCACAAAUUGUACCUGUGAUGCCUCAACAAAUGCAAGCAAUUCAGCAGCUGCAAAUGCUAUAUAAAAUGGCCACCACGACAACAAAUGAAAAUUUGGCCUCAACCACUACUACUACUACGACCACAGUGGCACCCGAUGCAGCAGAUCGUGCUAUGCAAAAUAUUCAGCAACGAUUACAACUCUACAAGCCUCCCGCUAACUUAGAAGAAUUACAAGUUUUAAUGCAAAAAUCCCAGGCUCAAAGCAAGGCGGAAAUCACCAAGGAACUGAUGGAUGUCAAUUUGGAUGAGUGAUACCGCAAAUGAGAAUUUUUAGUUAUAUUGGUGACAUUGUACCUACAUAUCAAUUACAUAUCCUUUGUAUCAUAUCAUAUGCUCUCUUUUUUUUGUAAAUAAAUUGUUGGUAGACAUAAGAUCUAAAA